AUGGACAAAGAGGCUAGAAGUUUUACUGUGCCACUGUUGUCGCCCUUUCCAACAACACUGCUAUGCAAGAUCGCAGCAUUGAGAUCAUUUACUCUGGACAAGUUGCAGUAUCAAAGAGAGGCCGCAUCUGGGAUCAGCAGCCUAAUACUCAGGAGUCUGGCUGAUAACUCGUUGCAGUUCGUUAAUGCAAGGCGGCUGACGUGGCAAGAUACGGUACCCUUGAUAAAAGGCCUGAAAACACAAGCGGCAAGUUUUAAACGUUACAUCAUAAAAAAAUGUAUACACCCGUGUAAAUUAGAGAAGUAUCUUUUUUUUAUAAGCACGAAAUUGGCAUUGCGGAACGCCGUUGCUUUCAAAAGAUUUUCUCACCGGUCUUUCCACAAACCCUCAAACUCUGCUCUCCACUUUCCCCUCACUGCCGCUCCUCCGCCAGUUCCGUCUCUUGUCUCUGUCAUCAAAUCCGAAACGUUUCAUCUAUCGACACCUUUAAGUUAUUCCUCAAUGGCGGAUGGAGGGAGCAACGCGCCGAGGUCUUUGCAGAAGCAGUUCGAAGACUUCCGUGUCCAGCUGGAAGAGUCUGGAAGCUUGCGUGAGCGAAUAAGAGGUAUUGUUCUGGAGAUCGAGUCCAGCACGAGGCUUAUGCAUGCUAGUCUCCUUUUCGUUCACCAGUCCCGGCCACUUCCUGAGGUUUUAGAGAAGCCUAAGGCUCUAAUUGAUGUGCUGAAGGAGCUUUACGGUCGACUGGAUGAGGUUCUAUCUGAAUGUCCUGGGGAGUAUUACAGGUAUCAUGGUGACUGGAGAAGUGAAACACAGAACGUGGUUUUUCUGCUCGCUUUUAUGCAUUGGCUGGAGACCGGAACGCUUCUUACCCAUGCUGAAGCUGUACAAAAACUUGGCUUGAACCCUCCUGAGUUUGCUUUGGAUAUUGAGGACUACCUUAUCGGUCUAUGUUACCUGUCGAAUGAAAUGCCAAGGUAUGUGGUAAACCAAGUGCUUGCUGGGAACUAUGAUUGCCCCAAAAAGGUUUUGAAUUUCUUAAUUGAUCUUCAUGCUGCCUUCCGCAUGCUUAAUCUCCGAAAUGAUUUUCUGCGCAAGAAGUUUGACAGUCUGAAGUAUGACUUAAAAAGAGUUGAAGAAGUUUAUUAUGACAUGAAGAUCCGACACUUGGCGAAUGAGGAUUCAACUGAAGAUCAUGGAACCAAAGCUGAAUCAUAAAGUGCAACCUUCCCUCGUUUCAUCUUAAUUACCGAACAGUGUUAGAUUUUGCUCUUGCUCCACUGAGAAGGCAGAAUUUUGCAUUCUGAAGAUGAUCAGGAGAUGAACUUGUCAAGAUAAAAUCGGGUAAUUUUCAGAUCUUGUUGUGACGGUUUACUUUCGUUGUAGGGAGAAUUUUGAUAAUUCUAGCGUAAAAGAGAUGGAUGCUACAACAUAGCUAUAUUAUAAACAAUUCUAAGGUUCUUCAUAGUCAA